UGUCUAAUAUUUAAUAUCCAAGUUUCGACAAUUCGUAGCUACAGCCAUUGUUAGAAAUUUGCGACAUUCGUUGCUGCUUUCUGGCAGACGCAGGUUACAAAACGGUGCGGGUUUGUUAAGGAACCGAGAGAGGGAAAUGGUCCUGUGAGGAAGAUGUGAAUACGAGAUCUUCUCAGGAAAGCAUGAGAGAGAAGAGAGGACACAGUAUGGUGAAAGAUCUCGUUAGGUUGUAUGAUGGAAGGACUGGGGAAGGAGAGAUCCCCGAGCAAAGCUAAUCCCUUCCCAUGGCUCAGUCAACCCAAAACGGAGGCCUCAACCCUGCUAUGGAAACUCAAAGACUGCUUCUCCUCCAUUGAGACAACUGGCCCGCACCUCACAGAUAAAGAAAACAGUAACAUGGAGAGCAGAAAGACUGUUCUGGAACUAAAAGAUGUCCCCCCUCCACCACACCAUACUUCCUCCCAAUCAUCCCAGCCCCCCUCUCUGGCCCCUCACCCUACUCACCCCUGCUUGCCUCUGCCAUCUCAGCUUCUUACAGACUCCCAACACCAACAACCACCUCCACAACAACAGCAUCAAGAUGGUAGUAGCCCCAAAGUAAGCAUUUGUACCCACUGUGAUUAUUGCAGCACAGAUGGACAGAGGGUAUUAGAUGGUGGAGGUUUUGUUGGUAGCAGCAUCAACAAUGACGGCCUUGUCUCUCUCUUGAUGGCCCCGCGCUCUCUGAGAGCUCCCAUUAGCAACAGCAGUUUUAGCAGUUCUGGGUCUGGCUUGGUCACGUCAUCCAUUCACCAGUACAAAAAUAAGCUGAGCUGUGGCAGUGUACGUUCUGCUCCAGAUCAUUUGCUCAGCCUUGAUUAUCCACCCCAGCUGCGUUCUGCUGUUGCUACCUCUCAGCCUGUUUCCUCACACCCUAACCUACCCUGUUGCUCAGGGCUUCUUCACACCUGUUCAUCUUUACCUCCUCCGUGUAGUCAGCCUUCCAUAUUCCCUUCUUUAGCCCCUUUGGCUUCCUCUUUGCCCUCUGCAUUUUCUGCUCCACCACCUGCCUCUUACCUGGCCUCUUCUGGCUACUAUACCUGUGGUGUGGACUGCAGCCCGUCAGCCAUAAGAUCCCAGAAGAGCACCCUCGGUGACCACCCAACCUCAACCACCAUAACUACUACAACCACCUCUGCACACUUUUGCUCUAAUCCUAUGCACCUGAAUGUAGAACGUACGGUUUUUCUAAAGGGGGCACACUACUGUCAGGAGUGCUUUUUGAAGUCAGUGAAUGGUGUCACAUCAGAAUCAGAUAAGGUGUGGCCCAAUGUUCCUGUCCCACACAUUGCUCCUAUCACUAUCCCUAUCUGCAAUGGCUGUGGUACUUCCUCUGAGGGCAUGAUUCACAUGCCGUCCACCAGUGUUGGCAAGACUGGCCAAAAGUUUGGUUCACCAGAGAGCAACGGUCCAGAGAACAUCCCACCAGUGGGCGUCUUCUGGGACAUUGAGAACUGCAGUGUUCCGAGUGGUCGCUCUGCCGGAGCAGUUGUUCAAAGAAUUCGCAGCCGUUUCUUUCAGGGUCAUCGUGAAGCCGAAUUCAUUUGCGUCUGUGAUAUCAGCAAGGAGAGCAAAGCUGUCAUUCAGGAGCUCAACAACUGCCAGGUUACUGUCGCACAUAUCAAUGCCACAGCUAAGAACGCUGCAGAUGACAAACUUCGCCAGAGCCUACGACGUUUUGCAGAAACCCACACUGCACCUGCUACUGUUAUAUUAGUCUCUUCGGAUGUAAACUUUGCGAGUGAGCUGAGUGACUUGCGUCAUCGCCAUGGUUUCCAGGUCAUACUGAUCCACGGCAACCACACGUCUCCAGCUCUGCUGCAGCAUUGCCAUCGUCAUGUGACCUUUCAGGAGAUGACUGCUGAUCUGCCACCACGAAUGCUCGUCAAGUCACAGCCCAGUUUCAACCUCCUUUACGUGCACAACCUCCCAGUCAACUGUGACAAGAACCUGCGGAAUGCUGUGAAGCUCAGGCUCCGUCGUCUGUCUGACAACUGCGGCGGCAAGGUGCUUGGCAUGUCCCAGGGCACUGCGGUGCUUCGCUUCAGCAGCCCUGAGGCAGCCUCACGUGCCCGCAAGCGAAUGGAAAACGAGGAUGUCUUUGGCCACAGGAUCAGUGUUUCCUUCUCCCCACGGCCCAGAGACAACGCAAGUCCUGAGCCCGAGCUUCAGUCUCAGCCCCUUUCUUUGUCUCGAGCUGCGCCCCAGCUCAGUCAGUCCCAGGAUUCACUGUUCCCCCCACCACCAUCAAUAUCCUCCUUCUCAUUUCUGCCCCUGGAGAAGUCCAGGUCACCCAGGAGGCCACGCCGAGCGGCCCGCCCAUGCAGCACCCCUGAAAGGCCCUACAGCCCUAGGAGGGGGUGCAGUGGGCCUCCCGGUGGUGUUCCAGCCAAGCCCCAUCAGGAGCAGGGUGGUGUAGAGGGAAAGUCCAGAACGGCCUUUCACCAGACGGACAAAGGACGUCCUGCUUCCUCCUCUCCACACAGCUCUGCUGAGACUGGUUCCCUGGGACAGUUGUCCAAACCUGGCUACACUGGAGAGUCCACGUACAGGAGGAGAAGGGAGAGUUCUAACCCCUGCAGUGUGACUGAAUCACCCAUGAACCAAGGCGAAAGAGGCUCUGGGGAGUUCCAGAUCAGCACUCCCUCAGCCUUUAGUAAAUUAAACCUGCACAGAAGCUUCAGCCCCCUAGUCCUCUCCCAGGGCUCCUGGUCCUCCAGGAGUGCAUCCCCCUGCCUGUCCAGCCGCUCCUCUCCCAUCCUUACUGUCUCACGCAGUCCAUGUCCUGAAAGUCAACAGGAGCCAUUUUCAGAGGGGGCAGAAAUUCAGGUGGGCAACCUGGACUAUCGAAUGUCCCGCAAAGACCUGCAGCAGAUGCUGCAUGAUGGCUUCGCUCGAUAUGGACGGGUUAAAGCUGUGGAGCUCAGCCCUCACACUGACUACCAGCUGAAGGCCACCGUUCACAUGUUGUCUCUGCAGCAGGCCAUUAGUGCCGUCAGUGGUCUGCACCGCUACAAGAUCGGAGGCAAACGCAUCCAGGUUUCUCUGACCACAGGAGGGGGCAGCAAAUCCUUGGUCCUGCUCAGCUCAGAGAUCAUCACUAUUCUCCAGGAUGCUCCAGCCAGUUGCCUUCCCCUCUUCAAGUUCACUGAGAUCUACGAGAAAAAAUAUUCACGUAAGCUAGUCGUUGGAGAUCUGUACAGACUCCCAGAGGUCGUGGCUGUGCGGGAACAGGGGGGCUCCAGGCUCGUGUGCCUUCUGCCCAGCAGCCAGAUCCGUCAGAGUCCGCUCGGAUCUUCUCAGUCCCAGGAAGGUUCUUCUGCCAGUGGAAGCCCUGUGGUCUUUGAGGAGCUGGAGUAUCACGAGCCGGUGUGUAAACAACACUACGGACAAGACUUCAGUGAGGCGGACUUUGAUCCUGAUUCCUAUAAGAUCCCAUUUGUUGUGAUGUCUCUGCGCACCUUAGCCUCAGAAGUCCACAGUCUGCUGCAGGAACACGAUGGAACCCUUCCACUUCUGAGUUUCCCAGAUUGCUAUGAAGCUAAAUUCAGCCCCCUGCAGGUGGGUGGUGAGACACUGCACGGUGGAGUGUCCCUGGAGCACCUGAUCACCUGUGUCCCCAGCAUCACCAUCGUCACAGCUCAGAACGGCUUCAAAGUCAUUAAGUGGGUCCACAAUAAACCACCAACCCUGGCCUCUGAGCUGUGGAUUCAGCGCUGCAAAAGUCCAGUGGGAAAUCCUCAGCUCAUUCAAUUCAGCAGAGAGAUCAUAGACCUGUUGAAGAGUCAGCCUUCAUGCAUGAUACCCAUCAGCAAGUUUAUACCUUCGUACCAUCAUCACUUCGCCAAGCAGUGCCGGGUCUCUGACUACGGCUACACCAAACUUCUGGAGCUGCUGGAGGCCGUACCACAUGUUUUACAGAUCUUGGGGAUGGGAACCAAGCGUUUACUGACGCUCACCCAUCGAGCUCAACUGAAGAGAUUCACUCAGGACCUUCUCAAACUGCUGAAAUUUCAAGCCAGCAAACAAGUGGCAAUCAAUGACUUCAUGCAGGCGUACCACUGGUGCUUCUCCAGGGAUUGGAGGGUGGUUGACUACGGCCUCUGUGAUCUGAUGGAUCUGCUGACUGAAAUCCCUGACAAAACCAUCACCAUAACACAACAGGCCACGGACACAGUCAUCAGUGUUCCCAAGAGAGAUCGAACAGCUGAGGAAAUAGAGCGAACAAAGCAGUUUGCCAAAGAGGUGGUCGACCUCCUCCGUCACCAGCCCCACUGCAGGAUGCCCUUCAAUAAAUUCAUCCCCACCUAUCAUCACCAUUUCGGGCGCCAGUGCAAGCUCAGCUACUACGGCUUCACCAAACUCAUGGAACUGUUUGAGGCCAUACCUGAAGUUCUGAUGGUGUUGGAGUGUGGUGAGGAGAAAAUGUUAAGUCUGACAGAAGUGGAGCGUAUCAAAGCCCUGGCAGCUCAGCUGGUCAAGUUGCUGCGGGCUCAGAAAAGCUCCAGCCUUCUUGUCAGCCAGCUGCUCACUGAGUACAGCAAGACCUUUGGUUACGCUCUCCGCCUGCAGGACUACGACGCCAACUCCCUGCCAGGGCUUCUCACAAAACUCUGUCAUGUUGUGAAGGUCGUGGACAGUCCAGAAGGUCGUGAAGUGCAGUUGAUAAACAGGAAGUCUCUACGCCUCCUGACCUCCCAGCUGCUGUCCCUGCUCAUGUCUCAAGAGGAGGAGCAGGUCGCCCGGGGUAUGAAGGUGGAGAACCUAAGUCUCCUUUAUCUGACUGCCCAUGGAGUCCAGCUCAACCCAUGUGAAUAUGGGUUUCUCUCACUCAGCGAGUUGCUCAAGAGUUUACCUUACCUUGUGGAGCUUUACCAUGAAGAAAGUGAAGAGAACAGCAAAGUUGACGACUCAGCUGCUGGUCACAGUGAGGAGUGGGUGAGACUAACCAGACUUUACCAGUUUGCUCGCAACAUGCGCGCCCUGCUCCACACCUACCAUUACAACCAGAUCUUCCUCACCGAGUUCCAGGGAGCUUAUGACAAAUUCACAGGCUGCAGCCUUGAGCCGCGCUGCUAUGGCUACUCUAACGUUGAUGAGCUGCUCAGUGCCAUACCACAGGUGGUUUGGAUCAAGGGUCACGGCCACAAGAGGAUUAUCGUUUUGAAAAACGAUAUGAAAGCAAAGACAGGCUCUUCAGCCCCCAGCAGCCCACAGCCAGAGGAGAACACAGAGACCCUUAAAGACGACUGCAUUAGCAACACAGUCUCUGCAGCCCACAGUCCAGGUAGAGCUGUGGCCUCAGACUCGGAGCUGCUGUGUCUGUCGUCUCCAGUGGACCUGCUCUGUGGUCCUGUUCCUUCCUGCCUGCCAUCACCUCAGCUUCACCCUGAUCCAGUUCUCCUCCAACACACAGACCUGAUUUACUUUGAGGAGAGAACUGCGCCACCGACUGGGGCUGAGGAAGCUGCAGCAGUCACAGACAGAACCUCUGCUCCACCUGAGGAGGGUGGAGCCCCCAACAUGAAGACCUUGUUAUCCACAGAGAGUCCUGGCAGAAGAGCUUCACGCAGCAGAUUCAAGUUAGCUGCUAACUUCUCCAUCACCACUGGAGUCUGACGCCUUCUCACACACACACACACACACACACCCCUCUGUCCAUACAAUACACGCUGUGUAACUCUAAGUAGAAGAGUUGACCAGAUUCACUAACCACACCCACACAGAGAUGCUUUUGUUUUUCAAAGAUUCGUGACUAGUUUUCAGUUUGCAGACUUCCUGCAAAUUUCUUUUCAUUUGCCAAAUUGAUCUGUCAUAACUGUUUGAUUUCACAGAGCUGGUCUAAAACUCUUUAAGUUGUACUUGUGCAUAUUCAGUGUAGAUCUGUGUAGCGUAGAAACACAUGCUGAUUCACAGGGAAUGAAUGGAACACAGUUUGUUGUCACUGCUGUCAAACGGGUUGAAUCUUAGUGAGAAGCUCAGAAUUAUUUACCAAAAGACUGAAGUUUAGUUAAUCAAAACCUGACCCACACCUGAAGGUCUGUUGAGAGGAUGUUCCAGUCACACCGAGGAACCUUCAAUGGGCUGUGACAUUCACCCAUUUUUUAACCAAUUAAUUCAAAUAAUUUUAGACUUUACUUUCUAGGUAAUUUCCAGACAUGUUAGUCAAACAAUGGGCUGUGGACCUGCCAGGUUCAUUUUUCUUUCGUAGUGUGGUCUUAAAGACACUGUUCACUGCGCAGGUUGUUGAAGACAAAGCUUCUCUUUGAGCUUUGUGCUCAUCAGUUGUCUGUCCCUAAUGGAGGCAACGUGUGUUUUCAGUUGAGUGAAAAAUUCAGGUGAUGUCAUUAUUUGGCCUGAAGGUGGCAGCAAAUCAUUUGUUAAAAAGAGAAAAGGAACUGUUCUGAUGGUAUCUUCCCAACAGUUUUUAUCCAAGGGUUUUCAACUGAAACCGUUGCCAACUUCAGGGUUUACCUUCACCUUUAAGUUUAAUUUCUAGCUAAAUUUGAUUGGUCUUUUCGAAGACACUGACGUGGCAGGGGCUUGUCCCCGGUGUGUGCUGGGGCAGCAGACGGUUCGGACAGAGCUUCAUCGCCAGCCAGCAGCCAGUGUGUUUGUGUUGUCUUAGCCACUUUUGGGCUGUGUGUGGUUUACACAGGAGCAGAUGGUGUGAAAUGUGUAUGUGGUGCAUAAGUGACUUUAUGCAUGGUGUAAGCCAAUCAGGAGCAAGCAGGAACAGACCUUACCUAGACUUCUGUAAAGAUCAGUCUUUUUUGUUUUCCCAGCAUGAUUUAAGGAUCUUAAGAGUUGGCGCCCCCUGUUGAUUAGCCUUGGAAAUGCUCAGGGUUGUCUUUAAUGAACCUUGUUGCUGACGGGCAGUGCACAGGUGGUGUUUGAAUUCAAGGUACUCCUUUUUUCUUUUUUUUCUUUUCUUUUUUUUCUUUUAAUGGAGAGGUGAGUGGUGCUGAGGUUUAACAAGGCGAUGGAGAAGAUGGACUGUUCAUGGAGCAGUGCUGUGUCCUACACUGCCUCCUGACACAAACUCAGAGGACCCACUGUGGUUCUCUGGAACCCACCAGGCUUUUACAAUGGCUUGUAUUUGCCACGGUGCUGAAGGAAUCGCCCUCGUGCCCUCCACCCUCACCUCUUACACCCACACCCAGAAGAUUUUACUUACUUGCUUGUUUGUCAGUUGUCUCAGUUGUGUGUCUGUUUUUAUUUUUAAAGGCUGCUAGCUGUGCUGUCUGCUGAUGUCGGCUGCUCCAGUGAGCUUAGCGUUAGGCUGGUGGUAAAGGAAAUGGGUAAGAACCCAUUCUGUCUUCAGCAGUGAUCUACCAUGUUUUCUUUGUUGGGUUCUUCCUGCAAAGUCACGAGAACGUCUGUUUUAUUUAUAUUAUAUAAAUCAGCCUCUAUUGGUUCAUCUGUCGUACCAUGUUUUUCUGACUGUCUGGAAACCACUAAUUGGGGGAAAAAGUGUUCAGAACAUUUUCAGUGAAAGUUACUAAAAGUACAGAACGAAUGUCUGGAAUUAAGUGUAAUCAAAUGAAAGCAUGACUUUUUGUUUCUGAGAAACUCCCCCCGUCAGGACAAUGGCAACUCACUCGGUUUACACUUCCCUGUUCUAGUUUGACCUUUUCCUGCUUCGAUUCACAAGCCAGAGGCUGUGGUUCCUGUGAAAAUAUGCACUUCUGCAUAGUUUUGAUUCAUGAAAUUUUGUUUGGAGAACACACGACCGUGUCACUCUUCACUCUUUGAUACGACACGAAGGUUCCGUGUUCCUGCAGUGUACUGUUAGAGAACAAUGUCAGAAAGAGGUUUCCUUUGUCGUGGCUGCAGUGCUGGGUGGGUUCUCCAGUCACUCAGUGUUUUAUUAAUCCUCAGCAUCUCCAGUAAAGAGUACAAAAAGGGACCAAAAAGAAUUUACGUUAAUAAACUUCACAAGCAUCA